AUGGAAUCAUGCAAAUGUGAGCUUUUUAAUAGUAUCAUUAAGUACUUAUCCAGGAGCUAAAAUGCACAACCUUUGGCAGUAGAGUGUUGCAGUUAGUCAAAUGGUAAAAUAUACUGUAGGUUUUGGUACUGGUCAAGGACAAAAAAAAGUUGUCUGGAACAAAUGUCUAAUUUGCAUUAUCAGUAUAAUAUUGUUGCCUCCUGAGAAAUCAAAAUCUCUGCCUUUAGUCCAAGAAUAGGUUAGCUAUUCCUGUACUGUUCAGUGUGCAUCAUUUUGAAUAAACACAUUUUUAUUUUCUAGUUCCUGCUGCAGUUGAGAACUUAAACAUAGUGAAUAGAACAACCACAUCUGUAUUCCUGAGCUGGCUAACCCCUGAAGGCAACAGAAGCUCAUAUGCGUUAGAAGUUUCAGGCACUCCUUCGAAGAAUCUAAACCUAAGUUCUUUGGACACAUUUGCCCUUGUGGAUGGUCUAGUACCAGGAAAUUUCUAUAUAUUCACAAUCUAUGCCAAAGAUGGAAAUGGUUUAACAGGGAAUACGACUCUGACUUUUUCAUAUACAGGUACUUUUAAAACGCAUCAGGAUUUAAUUAUUAGGACAAAUAAAAAUACAAUACAUAUUAAUUGCAUAAUUGAUAUUUGAAAAUUAAUUGGUGAUAAAAUCUUUUUAUCCUGGAAAGUUAGAAAUUAAUUUUGGAUUUUAACUUAAGUAAACAGAUAUAUAAUGGUAAACGUGAUUGAGAGACUAAAUAGACAUAGGUUAACUUUAUAGUUUAGAUAAUAUUGUUUUUUAAUGUCAACUGCCUGUACUUAGGUUUUGCUAUUUGAAUAAAUAAAACAAAUUCAGAAAACUUACAUUUGUUCGAACUGAAUUUUUCUAAGUUGUCUUUUAUAUCUUCUGUUGAAUGUUUUGAAGAUAUUUAAUGGGAUAUUAGACCGAUAGAAGAUAAAAUGAAUGUAAACAUUUGAUUUUUGUAUGCUGAUCAUUGUAUCUAAGAUAUUUUAAAUCAUUAAUCAUAUACAACCUAGACGAUAGUCUACUAAUAAAUUAACAAUAUGAAGUAUGAGAAAGUUUUAGAGUUCACGUAUUGGAAAAUGAACAUAAUAAAAUUAAAAUGGAAUCAUGCAAAUGUGAGCUUUUUAAUAGUAUCAUUAAGUACUUAUCCAGGAGCUAAAAUGCACAACCUUUGGCAGUAGAGUGUUGCAGUUAGUCAAAUGGUAAAAUAUACUGUAGGUUUUGGUACUGGUCAAGGACAAAAAAAAGUUGUCUGGAACAAAUGUCUAAUUUGCAUUAUCAGUAUAAUAUUGUUGCCUCCUGAGAAAUCAAAAUCUCUGCCUUUAGUCCAAGAAUAGGUUAGCUAUUCCUGUACUGUUCAGUGUGCAUCAUUUUGAAUAAACACAUUUUUAUUUUCUAGUUCCUGCUGCAGUUGAGAACUUAAACAUAGUGAAUAGAACAACCACAUCUGUAUUCCUGAGCUGGCUAACCCCUGAAGGCAACAGAAGCUCAUAUGCGUUAGAAGUUUCAGGCACUCCUUCGAAGAAUCUAAACCUAAGUUCUUUGGACACAUUUGCCCUUGUGGAUGGUCUAGUACCAGGAAAUUUCUAUAUAUUCACAAUCUAUGCCAAAGAUGGAAAUGGUUUAACAGGGAAUACGAAUCUGACUUUUUCAUAUACAGGUACUUUUAAAACGCAUCAGGAUUUAAUUAUUAGGACAAAUAAAAAUACAAUACAUAUUAAUUGCAUAAUUGAUAUUUGAAAAUUAAUUGGUGAUAAAAUCUUUUUAUCCUGGAAAGUUAGAAAUUAAUUUUGGAUUUUAACUUAAGUAAACAAAUAUAUAAUGGUAAACGUGAUUGAGAGACUAAAUAGACAUAGGUUAACUUUAUAGUUUAGAUAAUAUUGUUUUUUAAUGUCAACUGCCUGUACUUAGGUUUUGCUAUUUGAAUAAAUAAAACAAAUUCAGAAAACUUACAUUUGUUCAAACUGAAUUUUUCUAAGUUGUCUUUUAUAUCUUCUGUUGAAUGUUUUGAAGAUAUUUAAUGGGAUAUUAGACUGAUAGAAGAUAAAAUGAAUGUAAACAUUUGAUUUUUGUAUGCUGAUCAUGGUAUCUAAGAUAUUUUAAAUCAUUAAUCAUAUACAACCUAGAAGAUAGUCUACUAAUAAAUUAACAAUAUGAAGUAUGAGAAAGUUUUAGAGUUCACGUAUUGGAAAAUGAACAUAAUAAAAUUAAAAUGGAAUCAUGCAAAUGUGAGAUUUUUAAUAGUAUCAUUAAGUACUUAUCCAGGAGCUAAAAGGCAAAACCUUUGGCAGUAGAGUGUUGCAGUUAGUCAAAUGGUAAAAUAUACUGUAGGUUUUGGUACUGGUCAUGGACAAAAAAAAGUUGUCUGGAACAAAUGUCUAAUUUGCAUUAUCAGUAUAAUAUUGUUGCCUCCUGAGAAAUCAAAAUCUCUGCCUUUAGUCCAAGAAUAGGUUAGCUAUUCCUGUACUGUUCAGUGUGCAUCAUUUUGAAUAAACACAUUUUUAUUUUCUAGUUCCUGCUGCAGUUGAGAACUUAAACAUAGUGAAUAGAACAACCACAUCUGUAUUCCUGAGCUGGCUAACCCCUGAAGGCAACAGAAGCUCAUAUGCGUUAGAAGUUUCAGGCACUCCUUCGAAGAAUCUAAACCUAAGUUCUUUGGACACAUUUGCCCUUGUGGAUGGUCUAGUACCAGGAAAUUUCUAUAUAUUCACAAUCUAUGCCAAAGAUGGAAAUGGUUUAACAGGGAAUACGACUCUGACUUUUUCAUAUACAGGUACUUUUAAAACGCAUCAGGAUUUAAUUAUUAGGACAAAUAAAAAUACAAUACAUAUUAAUUGCAUAAUUGAUAUUUGAAAAUUAAUUGGUGAUAAAAUCUUUUUAUCCUGGAAAGUUAGAAAUUAAUUUUGGAUUUUAACUUAAGUAAACAAAUAUAUAAUGGUAAACGUGAUUGAGAGACUAAAUAGACAUAGGUUAACUUUAUAGUUUAGAUAAUAUUGUUUUUUAAUGUCAACUGCCUGUACUUAGGUUUUGCUAUUUGAAUAAAUAAAACAAAUUCAGAAAACUUACAUUUGUUCAAACUGAAUUUUUCUAAGUUGUCUUUUAUAUCUUCUGUUGAAUGUUUUGAAGAUAUUUAAUGGGAUAUUAGACAGAUAGAAGAUAAAAUGAAUGUAAACAUUUGAUUUUUGUACGCUGAUCAUGGUAUCUAAGAUAUUUUAAAUCAUUAAUCAUAUACAACCUAGACGAUAGUCUACUAAUAAAUUAGCAAUAUGAGUAUGAGAAAGUUUUAGAGUUCAUGUCUUGGAAAAUGAACAUAAUAAAAUCAAAAUGGAAUCAUGCAAAUGUGAGCUUUUUAAUAGUAUCAUUAAGUACUUAUCCAGGAGCUAACAUGCACAACCUUUGGCAGUAGAGUGUUGCAGUUAGUCAAAUGGUAAAAUAUACUGUAGGUUUUGGUACUGGCCAAGGACAAAAAAAAGUUGUCUGGAACAAAUGUCUAAUUUGCAUUAUCAGUAUAAUAUUGUUGCCUCCUGAGAAAUCAAAAUCUCUGCCUUUAGUCCAAGAAUAGGUUAGCUAUUCCUGUACUGUUCAGUGUGCAUCAUUUUGAAUAAACACAUUUUUAUUUUCUAGUUCCUGCUGCAGUUGAGAACUUAAACAUAGUGAAUAGAACAACCACAUCUGUAUUCCUGAGCUGGCUAACCCCUGAAGGCAACAGAAGCUCAUAUGCGUUAGAAGUUUCAGGCACUCCUUCGAAGAAUCUAAACCUAAGUUCUUUGGACACAUUUGCCCUUGUGGAUGGUCUAGUACCAGGAAAUUUCUAUAUAUUCACAAUCUAUGCCAAAGAUGGAAAUGGUUUAACAGGGAAUACGACUCUGACUUUUUCAUAUACAGGUACUUUUAAAACGCAUCAGGAUUUAAUUAUUAGGACAAAUAAAAAUACAAUACAUAUUAAUUGCAUAAUUGAUAUUUGAAAAUUAAUUGGUGAUAAAAUCUUUUUAUCCUGGAAAGUUAGAAAUUAAUUUUGGAUUUUAACUUAAGUAAACAGAUAUAUAAUGGUAAACGUGAUUGAGAGACUAAAUAGACAUAGGUUAACUUUAUAGUUUAGAUAAUAUUGUUUUUUAAUGUCAACUGCCUGUACUUAGGUUUUGCUAUUUGAAUAAAUAAAACAAAUUCAGAAAACUUACAUUUGUUCGAACUGAAUUUUUCUAAGUUGUCUUUUAUAUCUUCUGUUGAAUGUUUUGAAGAUAUUUAAUGGGAUAUUAGACCGAUAGAAGAUAAAAUGAAUGUAAACAUUUGAUUUUUGUAUGCUGAUCAUUGUAUCUAAGAUAUUUUAAAUCAUUAAUCAUAUACAACCUAGACGAUAGUCUACUAAUAAAUUAACAAUAUGAAGUAUGAGAAAGUUUUAGAGUUCACGUAUUGGAAAAUGAACAUAAUAAAAUUAAAAUGGAAUCAUGCAAAUGUGAGCUUUUUAAUAGUAUCAUUAAGUACUUAUCCAGGAGCUAAAAUGCACAACCUUUGGCAGUAGAGUGUUGCAGUUAGUCAAAUGGUAAAAUAUACUGUAGGUUUUGGUACUGGUCAAGGACAAAAAAAAGUUGUCUGGAACAAAUGUCUAAUUUGCAUUAUCAGUAUAAUAUUGUUGCCUCCUGAGAAAUCAAAAUCUCUGCCUUUAGUCCAAGAAUAGGUUAGCUAUUCCUGUACUGUUCAGUGUGCAUCAUUUUGAAUAAACACAUUUUUAUUUUCUAGUUCCUGCUGCAGUUGAGAACUUAAACAUAGUGAAUAGAACAACCACAUCUGUAUUCCUGAGCUGGCUAACCCCUGAAGGCAACAGAAGCUCAUAUGCGUUAGAAGUUUCAGGCACUCCUUCGAAGAAUCUAAACCUAAGUUCUUUGGACACAUUUGCCCUUGUGGAUGGUCUAGUACCAGGAAAUUUCUAUAUAUUCACAAUCUAUGCCAAAGAUGGAAAUGGUUUAACAGGGAAUACGACUCUGACUUUUUCAUAUACAGGUACUUUUAAAACGCAUCAGGAUUUAAUUAUUAGGACAAAUAAAAAUACAAUACAUAUUAAUUGCAUAAUUGAUAUUUGAAAAUUAAUUGGUGAUAAAAUCUUUUUAUCCUGGAAAGUUAGAAAUUAAUUUUGGAUUUUAACUUAAGUAAACAGAUAUAUAAUGGUAAACGUGAUUGAGAGACUAAAUAGACAUAGGUUAACUUUAUAGUUUAGAUAAUAUUGUUUUUUAAUGUCAACUGCCUGUACUUAGGUUUUGCUAUUUGAAUAAAUAAAACAAAUUCAGAAAACUUACAUUUGUUCGAACUGAAUUUUUCUAAGUUGUCUUUUAUAUCUUCUGUUGAAUGUUUUGAAGAUAUUUAAUGGGAUAUUAGACCGUUAGAAGAUAAAAUGAAUGUAAACAUUUGAUUUUUGUAUGCUGAUCAUGGUAUCUAAGAUAUUUUAAAUCAUUAAUCAUAUACAACCUAGACGAUAGUCUACUAAUAAAUUAACAAUAUGAAGUAUGAGAAAGUUUUAGAGUUCACGUAUUGGAAAAUGAACAUAAUAAAAUUAAAAUGGAAUCAUGCAAAUGUGAGCUUUUUAAUAGUAUCAUUAAGUACUUAUCCAGGAGCUAAAAUGCACAACCUUUGGCAGUAGAGUGUUGCAGUUAGUCAAAUGGUAAAAUAUACUGUAGGUUUUGGUACUGGUCAUGGACAAAAAAAAAAAAAGUUGUCUGGAACAAAUGUCUAAUUUGCAUUAUCAGUAUAAUAUUGUUGCCUCCUGAGAAAUCAAAAUCUCUGCCUUUAGUCCAAGAAUAGGUUAGCUAUUCCUGUACUGUUCAGUGUGCAUCAUUUUGAAUAAACACAUUUUUAUUUUCUAGUUCCUGCUGCAGUUGAGAACUUAAACAUAGUGAAUAGAACAACCACAUCUGUAUUCCUGAGCUGGCUAACCCCUGAAGGCAACAGAAGCUCAUAUGCGUUAGAAGUUUCAGGCACUCCUUCGAAGAAUCUAAACCUAAGUUCUUUGGACACAUUUGCCCUUGUGGAUGGUCUAGUACCAGGAAAUUUCUAUAUAUUCACAAUCUAUGCCAAAGAUGGAAAUGGUUUAACAGGGAAUACGACUCUGACUUUUUCAUAUACAGGUACUUUUAAAACGCAUCAGGAUUUAAUUAUUAGGACAAAUAAAAAUACAAUACAUAUUAAUUGCAUAAUUGAUAUUUGAAAAUUAAUUGGUGAUAAAAUCUUUUUAUCCUGGAAAGUUAGAAAUUAAUUUUGGAUUUUAACUUAAGUAAACAAAUAUAUAAUGGUAAACGUGAUUGAGAGACUAAAUAGACAUAGGUUAACUUUAUAGUUUAGAUAAUAUUGUUUUUUAAUGUCAACUGCCUGUACUUAGGUUUUGCUAUUUGAAUAAAUAAAACAAAUUCAGAAAACUUACAUUUGUUCAAACUGAAUUUUUCUAAGUUGUCUUUUAUAUCUUCUGUUGAAUGUUUUGAAGAUAUUUAAUGGGAUAUUAGACUGAUAGAAGAUAAAAUGAAUGUAAACAUUUGAUUUUUGUAUGCUGAUCAUGGUAUCUAAGAUAUUUUAAAUCAUUAAUCAUAUACAACCUAGACGAUAGUCUACUAAUAAAUUAACAAUAUGAAGUAUGAGAAAGUUUUAGAGUUCACGUAUUGGAAAAUGAACAUAAUAAAAUUAAAAUGGAAUCAUGCAAAUGUGAGAUUUUUAAUAGUAUCAUUAAGUACUUAUCCAGGAGCUAAAAGGCAAAACCUUUGGCAGUAGAGUGUUGCAGUUAGUCAAAUGGUAAAAUAUACUGUAGGUUUUGGUACUGGUCAUGGACAAAAAAAAAAAAGUUGUCUGGAACAAAUGUCUAAUUUGCAUUAUCAGUAUAAUAUUGUUGCCUCCUGAGAAAUCAAAAUCUCUGCCUUUAGUCCAAGAAUAGGUUAGCUAUUCCUGUACUGUUCAGUGUGCAUCAUUUUGAAUAAACACAUUUUUAUUUUCUAGUUCCUGCUGCAGUUGAGAACUUAAACAUAGUGAAUAGAACAACCACAUCUGUAUUCCUGAGCUGGCUAACCCCUGAAGGCAACAGAAGCUCAUAUGCGUUAGAAGUUUCAGGCACUCCUUCGAAGAAUCUAAACCUAAGUUCUUUGGACACAUUUGCCCUUGUGGAUGGUCUAGUACCAGGAAAUUUCUAUAUAUUCACAAUCUAUGCCAAAGAUGGAAAUGGUUUAACAGGGAAUACGACUCUGACUUUUUCAUAUACAGGUACUUUUAAAACGCAUCAGGAUUUAAUUAUUAGGACAAAUAAAAAUACAAUACAUAUUAAUUGCAUAAUUGAUAUUUGAAAAUUAAUUGGUGAUAAAAUCUUUUUAUCCUGGAAAGUUAGAAAUUAAUUUUGGAUUUUAACUUAAGUAAACAGAUAUAUAAUGGUAAACGUGAUUGAGAGACUAAAUAGACAUAGGUUAACUUUAUAGUUUAGAUAAUAUUGUUUUUUAAUGUCAACUGCCUGUACUUAGGUUUUGCUAUUUGAAUAAAUAAAACAAAUUCAGAAAACUUACAUUUGUUCAAACUGAAUUUUUCUAAGUUGUCUUUUAUAUCUUCUGUUGAAUGUUUUGAAGAUAUUUAAUGGGAUAUUAGACCGAUAGAAGAUAAAAUGAAUGUAAACAUUUGAUUUUUGUACGCUGAUCAUGGUAUCUAAGAUAUUUUAAAUCAUUAAUCAUAUACAACCUAGACGAUAGUCUACUAAUAAAUUAGCAAUAUGAGUAUGAGAAAGUUUUAGAGUUCAUGUCUUGGAAAAUGAACAUAAUAAAAUCAAAAUGGAAUCAUGCAAAUGUGAGCUUUUUAAUAGUAUCAUUAAGUACUUAUCCAGGAGCUAACAUGCACAACCUUUGGCAGUAGAGUGUUGCAGUUAGUCAAAUGGUAAAAUAUACUGUAGGUUUUGGUACUGGCCAAGGACAAAAAAAAGUUGUCUGGAACAAAUGUCUAAUUUGCAUUAUCAGUAUAAUAUUGUUGCCUCCUGAGAAAUCAAAAUCUCUGCCUUUAGUCCAAGAAUAGGUUAGCUAUUCCUGUACUGUUCAGUGUGCAUCAUUUUGAAUAAACACAUUUUUAUUUUCUAGUUCCUGCUGCAGUUGAGAACUUAAACAUAGUGAAUAGAACAACCACAUCUGUAUUCCUGAGCUGGCUAACCCCUGAAGGCAACAGAAGCUCAUAUGCGUUAGAAGUUUCAGGCACUCCUUCGAAGAAUCUAAACCUAAGUUCUUUGGACACAUUUGCCCUUGUGGAUGGUCUAGUACCAGGAAAUUUCUAUAUAUUCACAAUCUAUGCCAAAGAUGGAAAUGGUUUAACAGGGAAUACGACUCUGACUUUUUCAUAUACAGGUACUUUUAAAACGCAUCAGGAUUUAAUUAUUAGGACAAAUAAAAAUACAAUACAUAUUAAUUGCAUAAUUGAUAUUUGAAAAUUAAUUGGUGAUAAAAUCUUUUUAUCCUGGAAAGUUAGAAAUUAAUUUUGGAUUUUAACUUAAGUAAACAAAUAUAUAAUGGUAAACGUGAUUGAGAGACUAAAUAGACAUAGGUUAACUUUAUAGUUUAGAUAAUAUUGUUUUUUAAUGUCAACUGCCUGUACUUAGGUUUUGCUAUUUGAAUAAAUAAAACAAAUUCAGAAAACUUACAUUUGUUCAAACUGAAUUUUUCUAAGUUGUCUUUUAUAUCUUCUGUUGAAUGUUUUGAAGAUAUUUAAUGGGAUAUUAGACUGAUAGAAGAUAAAAUGAAUGUAAACAUUUGAUUUUUGUAUGCUGAUCAUGGUAUCUAAGAUAUUUUAAAUCAUUAAUCAUAUACAACCUAGAAGAUAGUCUACUAAUAAAUUAACAAUAUGAAGUAUGAGAAAGUUUUAGAGUUCACGUAUUGGAAAAUGAACAUAAUAAAAUUAAAAUGGAAUCAUGCAAAUGUGAGAUUUUUAAUAGUAUCAUUAAGUAAUUAUCCAGGAGCUAAAAGGCAAAACCUUUGGCAGUAGAGUGUUGCAGUUAGUCAAAUGGUAAAAUAUACUGUAGGUUUUGGUACUGGUCAUGGACAAAAAAAAAAAAGUUGUCUGGAACAAAUGUCUAAUUUGCAUUAUCAGUAUAAUAUUGUUGCCUCCUGAGAAAUCAAAAUCUCUGCCUUUAGUCCAAGAAUAGGUUAGCUAUUCCUGUACUGUUCAGUGUGCAUCAUUUUGAAUAAACACAUUUUUAUUUUCUAGUUCCUGCUGCAGUUGAGAACUUAAACAUAGUGAAUAGAACAACCACAUCUGUAUUCCUGAGCUGGCUAACCCCUGAAGGCAACAGAAGCUCAUAUGCGUUAGAAGUUUCAGGCACUCCUUCGAAGAAUCUAAACCUAAGUUCUUUGGACACAUUUGCCCUUGUGGAUGGUCUAGUACCAGGAAAUUUCUAUAUAUUCACAAUCUAUGCCAAAGAUGGAAAUGGUUUAACAGGGAAUACGACUCUGACUUUUUCAUAUACAGGUACUUUUAAAACGCAUCAGGAUUUAAUUAUUAGGACAAAUAAAAAUACAAUACAUAUUAAUUGCAUAAUUGAUAUUUGAAAAUUAAUUGGUGAUAAAAUCUUUUUAUCCUGGAAAGUUAGAAAUUAAUUUUGGAUUUUAACUUAAGUAAACAGAUAUAUAAUGGUAAACGUGAUUGAGAGACUAAAUAGACAUAGGUUAACUUUAUAGUUUAGAUAAUAUUGUUUUUUAAUGUCAACUGCCUGUACUUAGGUUUUGCUAUUUGAAUAAAUAAAACAAAUUCAGAAAACUUACAUUUGUUCGAACUGAAUUUUUCUAAGUUGUCUUUUAUAUCUUCUGUUGAAUGUUUUGAAGAUAUUUAAUGGGAUAUUAGACCGAUAGAAGAUAAAAUGAAUGUAAACAUUUGAUUUUUGUAUGCUGAUCAUUGUAUCUAAGAUAUUUUAAAUCAUUAAUCAUAUACAACCUAGACGAUAGUCUACUAAUAAAUUAACAAUAUGAAGUAUGAGAAAGUUUUAGAGUUCACUUAUUGGAAAAUGAACAUAAUAAAAUUAAAAUGGAAUCAUGCAAAUGUGAGCUUUUUAAUAGUAUCAUUAAGUACUUAUCCAGGAGCUAAAAUGCACAACCUUUGGCAGUAGAGUGUUGCAGUUAGUCAAAUGGUAAAAUAUACUGUAGGUUUUGGUACUGGCCAAGGACAAAAAAAAGUUGUCUGGAACAAAUGUCUAAUUUGCAUUAUCAGUAUAAUAUUGUUGCCUCCUGAGAAAUCUAAAUCUCUGCCUUUAGUCCAAGAAUAGGUUAGCUAUUCCUGUACUGUUCAGUGUGCAUCAUUUUGAAUAAACACAUUUUUAUUUUCUAGUUCCUACUGCAGUUGAGAACUUAAACAUAGUGAAUAGAACAACCACAUCUGUAUUCCUGAGCUGGCUAACCCCUGAAGGCAACAGAAGCUCAUAUGCGUUAGAAGUUUCAGGCACUCCUUCGAAGAAUCUAAACCUAAGUUCUUUGGACACAUUUGCCCUUGUGGAUGGUCUAGUACCAGGAAAUUUCUAUAUAUUCACAAUCUAUGCCAAAGAUGGAAAUGGUUUAACAGGGAAUACGACUCUGACUUUUUCAUAUGCAGGUACUUUUAAAACGCAUCAGGAUUUAAUUAUUAGGACAAAUAAAAAUACAAUACAUAUUAAUUGCAUAAUUGAUAUUUGAAAAUUAAUUGGUGAUAAAAUCUUUUUAUCCUGGAAAGUUAGAAAUUAAUUUUGGAUUUUAACUUAAGUAAACAGAUAUAUAAUGGUAAACGUGAUUGAGAGACUAAACAGACAUAGGUUAACUUUAUAGUUUAGAUAAUAUUGUUUUUUAAUGUCAACUGUCUGUACUUAGGUUUUGCUAUUUGAAUAAAUAAAACAAAUUCAGAAAACUUACAUUUGUUCGAACUGAAUUUUUCUAAGUUGUCUUUUAUAUCUUCUGUUGAAUGUUUUGAAGAUAUUUAAUGGGAUAUUAGACCGAUAGAAGAUAAAAUGAAUGUAAACAUUUGAUUUUUGUAUGCUGAUCAUGGUAUCUAAGAUAUUUUAAAUCAUUAAUCAUAUACAACCUAGACGAUAGUCUACUAAUAAAUUAACAAUAUGAAGUAUGAGAAAGUUUUAGAGUUCACGUAUUGGAAAAUGAACAUAAUAAAAUUAAAAUGGAAUCAUGCAAAUGUGAGCUUUUUAAUAGUAUCAUUAAGUACUUAUCCAGGAGCUUAAAUGCACAACCUUUGGCAGUAGAGUGUUGCAGUUAGUCAAAUGGUAAAAUAUACUGUAGGUUUUGGUACUGGUCAUGGACAAAAAAAAGUUGUCUGGAACAAAUGUCUAAUUUGCAUUAUCAGUAUAAUAUUGUUGCCUCCUGAGAAAUCAAAAUCUCUGCCUUUAGUCCAAGAAUAGGUUAGCUAUUCCUGUACUGUUCAGUGUGCAUCAUUUUGAAUAAACACAUUUUUAUUUUCUAGUUCCUGCUGCAGUUGAGAACUUAAACAUAGUGAAUAGAACAACCACAUCUGUAUUCCUGAGCUGGCUAACCCCUGAAGGCAACAGAAGCUCAUAUGCGUUAGAAGUUUCAGGCACUCCUUCGAAGAAUCUAAACCUAAGUUCUUUGGACACAUUUGCCCUUGUGGAUGGUCUAGUACCAGGAAAUUUCUAUAUAUUCACAAUCUAUGCCAAAGAUGGAAAUGGUUUAACAGGGAAUACGACUCUGACUUUUUCAUAUACAGGUACUUUUAAAACGCAUCAGGAUUUAAUUAUUAGGACAAAUAAAAAUACAAUACAUAUUAAUUGCAUAAUUGAUAUUUGAAAAUUAAUUGGUGAUAAAAUCUUUUUAUCCUGGAAAGUUAGAAAUUAAUUUUGGAUUUUAACUUAAGUAAACAGAUAUAUAAUGGUAAACGUGAUUGAGAGACUAAAUAGACAUAGGUUAACUUUAUAGUUUAGAUAAUAUUGUUUUUUAAUGUCAACUGCCUGUACUUAGGUUUUGCUAUUUGAAUAAAUAAAACAAAUUCAGAAAACUUACAUUUGUUCGAACUGAAUUUUUCUAAGUUGUCUUUUAUAUCUUCUGUUGAAUGUUUUGAAGAUAUUUAAUGGGAUAUUAGACCGAUAGAAGAUAAAAUGAAUGUAAACAUUUGAUUUUUGUAUGCUGAUCAUUGUAUCUAAGAUAUUUUAAAUCAUUAAUCAUAUACAACCUAGACGAUAGUCUACUAAUAAAUUAACAAUAUGAAGUAUGAGAAAGUUUUAGAGUUCACGUAUUGGAAAAUGAACAUAAUAAAAUUAAAAUGGAAUCAUGCAAAUGUGAGCUUUUUAAUAGUAUCAUUAAGUACUUAUCCAGGAGCUAAAAUGCACAACCUUUGGCAGUAGAGUGUUGCAGUUAGUCAAAUGGUAAAAUAUACUGUAGGUUUUGGUACUGGUCAAGGACAAAAAAAAGUUGUCUGGAACAAAUGUCUAAUUUGCAUUAUCAGUAUAAUAUUGUUGCCUCCUGAGAAAUCAAAAUCUCUGCCUUUAGUCCAAGAAUAGGUUAGCUAUUCCUGUACUGUUCAGUGUGCAUCAUUUUGAAUAAACACAUUUUUAUUUUCUAGUUCCUGCUGCAGUUGAGAACUUAAACAUAGUGAAUAGAACAACCACAUCUGUAUUCCUGAGCUGGCUAACCCCUGAAGGCAACAGAAGCUCAUAUGCGUUAGAAGUUUCAGGCACUCCUUCGAAGAAUCUAAACCUAAGUUCUUUGGACACAUUUGCCCUUGUGGAUGGUCUAGUACCAGGAAAUUUCUAUAUAUUCACAAUCUAUGCCAAAGAUGGAAAUGGUUUAACAGGGAAUACGACUCUGACUUUUUCAUAUACAGGUACUUUUAAAACGCAUCAGGAUUUAAUUAUUAGGACAAAUAAAAAUACAAUACAUAUUAAUUGCAUAAUUGAUAUUUGAAAAUUAAUUGGUGAUAAAAUCUUUUUAUCCUGGAAAGUUAGAAAUUAAUUUUGGAUUUUAACUUAAGUAAACAAAUAUAUAAUGGUAAACGUGAUUGAGAGACUAAAUAGACAUAGGUUAACUUUAUAGUUUAGAUAAUAUUGUUUUUUAAUGUCAACUGCCUGUACUUAGGUUUUGCUAUUUGAAUAAAUAAAACAAAUUUAGAAAACUUACAUUUGUUCAAACUGAAUUUUUCUAAGUUGUCUUUUAUAUCUUCUGUUGAAUGUUUUGAAGAUAUUUAAUGGGAUAUUAGACAGAUAGAAGAUAAAAUGAAUGUAAACAUUUGAUUUUUGUACGCUGAUCAUGGUAUCUAAGAUAUUUUAAAUCAUUAAUCAUAUACAACCUAGACGAUAGUCUACUAAUAAAUUAGCAAUAUGAGUAUGAGAAAGUUUUAGAGUUCAUGUCUUGGAAAAUGAACAUAAUAAAAUCAAAAUGGAAUCAUGCAAAUGUGAGCUUUUUAAUAGUAUCAUUAAGUACUUAUCCAGGAGCUAACAUGCACAACCUUUGGCAGUAGAGUGUUGCAGUUAGUCAAAUGGUAAAAUAUACUGUAGGUUUUGGUACUGGCCAAGGACAAAAAAAAGUUGUCUGGAACAAAUGUCUAAUUUGCAUUAUCAGUAUAAUAUUGUUGCCUCCUGAGAAAUCAAAAUCUCUGCCUUUAGUCCAAGAAUAGGUUAGCUAUUCCUGUAAUGUUCAGUGUGCAUCAUUUUGAAUAAACACAUUUUUAUUUUCUAGUUCCUGCUGCAGUUGAGCACUUAAACAUAGUGAAUAGAACAACCACAUCUGUAUUCCUGAGCUGGCUAACCCCUGAAGGCAACAGAAGCUCAUAUGCGUUAGAAGUUUCAGGCACUCCUUCGAAGAAUCUAAACCUAAGUUCUUUGGACACAUUUGCCCUUGUGGAUGGUCUAGUACCAGGAAAUUUCUAUAUAUUCACAAUCUAUGCCAAAGAUGGAAAUGGUUUAACAGGGAAUACGACUCUGACUUUUUCAUAUACAGGUACUUUUAAAACGCAUCAGGAUUUAAUUAUUAGGACAAAUAAAAAUACAAUACAUAUUAAUUGCAUAACUGAUAUUUGAAAAUUAAUUGGUGAUAAAAUCUUUUUAUCCUGGAAAGUUAGAAAUUAAUUUUGGAUUUUAACUUAAGUAAACAGAUAUAUAAUGGUAAACGUGAUUGAGAGACUAAAUAGACAUAGUUUAACUUUAUAGUUUAGAUAAUAUUGUUUUUUAAUGUCAACUGCCUGUACUUAGGUUUUGCUAUUUGAAUAAAUAAAACAAAUUCAGAAAACUUACAUUUGUUCGAACUGAAUUUUUCUAAUUUGUCUUUUAUAUCUUCUGUUGAAUGUUUUGAAGAUAUUUAAUGGGAUAUUAGACCGAUAGAAGAUAAAAUGAAUGUAAACAUUUGAUUUUUGUAUGCUGAUCAUUGUAUCUAAGAUAUUUUAAAUCAUUAAUCAUAUACAACCUAGACUAUAGUCUACUAAUAAAUUAACAAUAUGAAGUAUGAGAAAGUUUUAGAGUUCACGUAUUGGAAAAUGAACAUAAUAAAAUUAAAAUGGAAUCAUGCAAAUGUGAGCUUUUUAAUAGUAUCAUUAAGUACUUAUCCAGGAGCUAAAAUGCACAACCUUUGGCAGUAGAGUGUUGCAGUUAGUCAAAUGGUAAAAUAUACUGUAGGUUUUGGUACUGGUCAAGGACAAAAAAAAGUUGUCUGGAACAAAUGUCUAAUUUGCAUUAUCAGUAUAAUAUUGUUGCCUCCUGAGAAAUCAAAAUCUCUGCCUUUAGUCCAAGAAUAGGUUAGCUAUUCCUGUACUGUUCAGUGUGCAUCAUUUUGAAUAAACACAUUUUUAUUUUCUAGUUCCUGCUGCAGUUGAGAACUUAAACAUAGUGAAUAGAACAACCACAUCUGUAUUCCUGAGCUGGCUAACCCCUGAAGGCAACAGAAGCUCAUAUGCGUUAGAAGUUUCAGGCACUCCUUCGAAGAAUCUAAACCUAAGUUCUUUGGACACAUUUGCCCUUGUGGAUGGUCUAGUACCAGGAAAUUUCUAUAUAUUCACAAUCUAUGCCAAAGAUGGAAAUGGUUUAACAGGGAAUACGACUCUGACUUUUUCAUAUACAGGUACUUUUAAAACGCAUCAGGAUUUAAUUAUUAGGACAAAUAAAAAUACAAUACAUAUUAAUUGCAUAAUUGAUAUUUGAAAAUUAAUUGGUGAUAAAAUCUUUUUAUCCUGGAAAGUUAGAAAUUAAUUUUGGAUUUUAACUUAAGUAAACAGAUAUAUAAUGGUAAACGUGAUUGAGAGACUAAAUAGACAUAGGUUAACUUUAUAGUUUAGAUAAUAUUGUUUUUUAAUGUCAACUGCCUGUACUUAGGUUUUGCUAUUUGAAUAAAUAAAACAAAUUCAGAAAACUUACAUUUGUUCGAACUGAAUUUUUCUAAGUUGUCUUUUAUAUCUUCUGUUGAAUGUUUUGAAGAUAUUUAAUGGGAUAUUAGACCGAUAGAAGAUAAAAUGAAUGUAAACAUUUGAUUUUUGUAUGCUGAUCAUGGUAUCUAAGAUAUUUUAAAUCAUUAAUCAUAUACAACCUAGACGAUAGUCUACUAAUAAAUUAACAAUAUGAAGUAUGAGAAAGUUUUAGAGUUCACGUAUUGGAAAAUGAACAUAAUAAAAUUAAAAUGGAAUCAUGCAAAUGUGAGCUUUUUAAUAGUAUCAUUAAGUACUUAUCCAGGAGCUAAAAUGCACAACCUUUGGCAGUAGAGUGUUGCAGUUAGUCAAAUGGUAAAAUAUACUGUAGGUUUUGGUACUGGUCAAGGACAAAAAAAAGUUGUCUGGAACAAAUGUCUAAUUUGCAUUAUCAGUAUAAUAUUGUUGCCUCCUGAGAAAUCAAAAUCUCUGCCUUUAGUCCAAGAAUAGGUUAGCUAUUCCUGUACUGUUCAGUGUGCAUCAUUUUGAAUAAACACAUUUUUAUUUUCUAGUUCCUGCUGCAGUUGAGAACUUAAACAUAGUGAAUAGAACAACCACAUCUGUAUUCCUGAGCUGGCUAACCCCUGAAGGCAACAGAAGCUCAUAUGCGUUAGAAGUUUCAGGCACUCCUUCGAAGAAUCUAAACCUAAGUUCUUUGGACACAUUUGCCCUUGUGGAUGGUCUAGUACCAGGAAAUUUCUAUAUAUUCACAAUCUAUGCCAAAGAUGGAAAUGGUUUAACAGGGAAUACGACUCUGACUUUUUCAUAUACAGGUACUUUUAAAACGCAUCAGGAUUUAAUUAUUAGGACAAAUAAAAAUACAAUACAUAUUAAUUGCAUAAUUGAUAUUUGAAAAUUAAUUGGUGAUAAAAUCUUUUUAUCCUGGAAAGUUAGAAAUUAAUUUUGGAUUUUAACUUAAGUAAACAGAUAUAUAAUGGUAAACGUGAUUGAGAGACUAAAUAGACAUAGGUUAACUUUAUAGUUUAGAUAAUAUUGUUUUUUAAUGUCAACUGCCUGUACUUAGGUUUUGCUAUUUGAAUAAAUAAAACAAAUUCAGAAAACUUACAUUUGUUCAAACUGAAUUUUUCUAAGUUGUCUUUUAUAUCUUCUGUUGAAUGUUUUGAAGAUAUUUAAUGGGAUAUUAGACCGAUAGAAGAUAAAAUGAAUGUAAACAUUUGAUUUUUGUAUGCUGAUCAUGGUAUCUAAGAUAUUUUAAAUCAUUAAUCAUAUACAACCUAGACGAUAGUCUACUAAUAAAUUAGCAAUAUGAAGUAUGAGAAAGUUUUAGAGUUCAUGUCUUGGAAAAUGAACAUAAUAAAAUCAAAAUGGAAUCAUGCAAAUGUGAGAUUUUUAAUAUUAUCAUUAAGUACUUAUCCAGGAGCUAACAUGCACAACCUUUGGCAGUAGAGUGUUGCAGUUAGUCAAAUGGUAAAAUAUACUGUAGGGUUUGGUACUGGUCAAGGACAAAAAAAAGUUGUCUGGAACAAAUGUCUAAUUUGCAUUAUCAGUAUAAUAUUGUUGCCUCCUGAGAAAUCAAAAUCUCUGCCUUUAGUCCAAGAAUAGGUUAGCUAUUCCUGUAAUGUUCAGUGUGCAUCAUUUUGAGUAAACACAUUUUUAUUUUCUAGUUCCUGCUGCAGUUGAGAACUUAAACAUAGUGAAUAGAACAACCACAUCUGUAUUCCUGAGCUGGCUAACCCCUGAAGGCAACAGAAGCUCAUAUGCGUUAGAAGUUUCAGGCACUCCUUCGAAGAAUCUAAACCUAAGUUCUUUGGACACAUUUGCCCUUGUGGAUGGUCUAGUACCAGGAAAUUUCUAUAUAUUCACAAUCUAUGCCAAAGAUGGAAAUGGUUUAACAGGGAAUACGACUCUGACUUUUUCAUAUACAGGUACUUUUAAAACGCAUCAGGAUUUAAUUAUUAGGACAAAUAAAAAUACAAUACAUAUUAAUUGCAUAAUUGAUAUUUGAAAAUUAAUUGGUGAUAAAAUCUUUUUAUCCUGGAAAGUUAGAAAUUAAUUUUGGAUUUUAACUUAAGUAAACAGAUAUAUAAUGGUAAACGUGAUUGAGAGACUAAAUAGACAUAGGUUAACUUUAUAGUUUAGAUAAUAUUGUUUUUUAAUGUCAACUGCCUGUACUUAGGUUUUGCUAUUUGAAUAAAUAAAACAAAUUCAGAAAACUUACAUUUGUUCGAACUGAAUUUUUCUAAGUUGUCUUUUAUAUCUUCUGUUGAAUGUUUUGAAGAUAUUUAAUGGGAUAUUAGACCGAUAGAAGAUAAAAUGAAUGUAAACAUUUGAUUUUUGUACGCUGAUCAUGGUAUCUAAGAUAUUUUAAAUCAUUAAUCAUAUACAACCUAGACGAUAGUCUACUAAUAAAUUAGCAAUAUGAAGUAUGAGAAAGUUUUAGAGUUCACUGUAUUGGAAAAUGAACAUAAUAAAAUUAAAAUGGAAUCAUGCAAAUGUGAGCUUUUUAAUAGUAUCAUUAAGUACUUAUCCAGGAGCUAAAAGGCAAAACCUUUGGCAGUAGAGUGUUGCAGUUAGUCAAAUGGUAAAAUAUACUGUAGGUUUUGGUACUGGUCCUGGACAAAAAAAAAAAAGUUGUCUGGAACAAAUGUCUAAUUUGCAUUAUCAGUAUAAUAUUGUUGCCUCCUGAGAAAUCAAAAUCUCUGCCUUUAGUCCAAGAAUAGGUUAGCUAUUCCUGUACUGUUCAGUGUGCAUCAUUUUGAAUAAACACAUUUUUAUUUUCUAGUUCCUGCUGCAGUUGAGAACUUAAACAUAGUGAAUAGAACAACCACAUCUGUAUUCCUGAGCUGGCUAACCCCUGAAGGCAACAGAAGCUCAUAUGCGUUAGAUGUUUCAGGCACUCCUUCGAAGAAUCUAAAUCUAAGUUCUUUGGCCACAUUUGCCCUUGUGGAUGGUCUAGUACCAGGAAAUUUCUAUAUAUUCACAAUCUAUGCCAAAGAUGGAAAUGGUUUAACAGGGAAUACGAAUCUGACUUUUUCAUAUACAGGUACUUUUAAAACGCAUCAGGAUUUAAUUAUUAGGACAAAUAAAAAUACAAUACAUAUUAAUUGCAUAAUUGAUAUUUGAAAAUUAAUUGGUGAUAAAAUCUUUUUAUCCUGGAAAGUUAGAAAUUAAUUUUGGAUUUUAACUUAAGUAAACAAAUAUAUAAUGGUAAACGUGAUUGAGAGACUAAAUAGACAUAGGUUAACUUUAUAGUUUAGAUAAUAUUGUUUUUUAAUGUCAACUGCCUGUACUUAGGUUUUGCUAUUUGAAUAAAUAAAACAAAUUUAGAAAACUUACAUUUGUUCAAACUGAAUUUUUCUAAGUUGUCUUUUAUAUCUUCUGUUGAAUGUUUUGAAGAUAUUUAAUGGGAUAUUAGACAGAUAGAAGAUAAAAUGAAUGUAAACAUUUGAUUUUUGUACGCUGAUCAUGGUAUCUAAGAUAUUUUAAAUCAUUAAUCAUAUACAACCUAGACGAUAGUCUACUAAUAAAUUAGCAAUAUGAGUAUGAGAAAGUUUUAGAGUUCAUGUCUUGGAAAAUGAACAUAAUAAAAUCAAAAUGGAAUCAUGCAAAUGUGAGCUUUUUAAUAGUAUCAUUAAGUACUUAUCCAGGAGCUAACAUGCACAACCUUUGGCAGUAGAGUGUUGCAGUUAGUCAAAUGGUAAAAUAUACUGUAGGUUUUGGUACUGGCCAAGGACAAAAAAAAGUUGUCUGGAACAAAUGUCUAAUUUGCAUUAUCAGUAUAAUAUUGUUGCCUCCUGAGAAAUCAAAAUCUCUGCCUUUAGUCCAAGAAUAGGUUAGCUAUUCCUGUACUGUUCAGUGUGCAUCAUUUUGAAUAAACACAUUUUUAUUUUCUAGUUCCUGCUGCAGUUGAGAACUUAAACAUAGUGAAUAGAACAACCACAUCUGUAUUCCUGAGCUGGCUAACCCCUGAAGGCAACAGAAGCUCAUAUGCGUUAGAAGUUUCAGGCACUCCUUCGAAGAAUCUAAACCUAAGUUCUUUGGACACAUUUGCCCUUGUGGAUGGUCUAGUACCAGGAAAUUUCUAUAUAUUCACAAUCUAUGCCAAAGAUGGAAAUGGUUUAACAGGGAAUACGACUCUGACUUUUUCAUAUACAGGUACUUUUAAAACGCAUCAGGAUUUAAUUAUUAGGACAAAUAAAAAUACAAUACAUAUUAAUUGCAUAAUUGAUAUUUGAAAAUUAAUUGGUGAUAAAAUCUUUUUAUCCUGGAAAGUUAGAAAUUAAUUUUGGAUUUUAACUUAAGUAAACAGAUAUAUAAUGGUAAACGUGAUUGAGAGACUAAAUAGACAUAGGUUAACUUUAUAGUUUAGAUAAUAUUGUUUUUUAAUGUCAACUGCCUGUACUUAGGUUUUGCUAUUUGAAUAAAUAAAACAAAUUCAGAAAACUUACAUUUGUUCGAACUGAAUUUUUCUAAGUUGUCUUUUAUAUCUUCUGUUGAAUGUUUUGAAGAUAUUUAAUGGGAUAUUAGACCGAUAGAAGAUAAAAUGAAUGUAAACAUUUGAUUUUUGUAUGCUGAUCAUGGUAUCUAAGAUAUUUUAAAUCAUUAAUCAUAUACAACCUAGACGAUAGUCUACUAAUAAAUUAGCAAUAUGAGUAUGAGAAAGUUUUAGAGUUCAUGUCUUGGAAAAUGAACAUAAUAAAAUCAAAAUGGAAUCAUGCAAAUGUGAGCUUUUUAAUAGUAUCAUUAAGUACUUAUCCAGGAGCUAACAUGCACAACCUUUGGCAGUAGAGUGUUGCAGUUAGUCAAAUGGUAAAAUAUACUGUAGGUUUUGGUACUGGCCAAGGACAAAAAAAAGUUGUCUGGAACAAAUGUCUAAUUUGCAUUAUCAGUAUAAUAUUGUUGCCUCCUGAGAAAUCAAAAUCUCUGCCUUUAGUCCAAGAAUAGGUUAGCUAUUCCUGUACUGUUCAGUGUGCAUCAUUUUGAAUAAACACAUUUUUAUUUUCUAGUUCCUGCUGCAGUUGAGAACUUAAACAUAGUGAAUAGAACAACCACAUCUGUAUUCCUGAGCUGGCUAACCCCUGAAGGCAACAGAAGCUCAUAUGCGUUAGAAGUUUCAGGCACUCCUUCGAAGAAUCUAAACCUAAGUUCUUUGGACACAUUUGCCCUUGUGGAUGGUCUAGUACCAGGAAAUUUCUAUAUAUUCACAAUCUAUGCCAAAGAUGGAAAUGGUUUAACAGGGAAUACGACUCUGACUUUUUCAUAUACAGGUACUUUUAAAACGCAUCAGGAUUUAAUUAUUAGGACAAAUAAAAAUACAAUACAUAUUAAUUGCAUAAUUGAUAUUUGAAAAUUAAUUGGUGAUAAAAUCUUUUUAUCCUGGAAAGUUAGAAAUUAAUUUUGGAUUUUAACUUAAGUAAACAGAUAUAUAAUGGUAAACGUGAUUGAGAGACUAAAUAGACAUAGGUUAACUUUAUAGUUUAGAUAAUAUUGUUUUUUAAUGUCAACUGCCUGUACUUAGGUUUUGCUAUUUGAAUAAAUAAAACAAAUUCAGAAAACUUACAUUUGUUCAAACUGAAUUUUUCUAAGUUGUCUUUUAUAUCUUCUGUUGAAUGUUUUGAAGAUAUUUAAUGGGAUAUUAGACCGAUAGAAGAUAAAAUGAAUGUAAACAUUUGAUUUUUGUAUGCUGAUCAUGGUAUCUAAGAUAUUUUAAAUCAUUAAUCAUAUACAACCUAGACGAUAGUCUACUAAUAAAUUAACAAUAUGAAGUAUGAGAAAGUUUUAGAGUUCACGUAUUGGAAAAUGAACAUAAUAAAAUUAAAAUGGAAUCAUGCAAAUGUGAGCUUUUUAAUAGUAUCAUUAAGUACUUAUCCAGGAGCUAAAAUGCACAACCUUUGGCAGUAGAGUGUUGCAGUUAGUCAAAUGGUAAAAUAUACUGUAGGUUUUGGUACUGGUCAAGGACAAAAAAAAGUUGUCUGGAACAAAUGUCUAAUUUGCAUUAUCAGUAUAAUAUUGUUGCCUCCUGAGAAAUCAAAAUCUCUGCCUUUAGUCCAAGAAUAGGUUAGCUAUUCCUGUACUGUUCAGUGUGCAUCAUUUUGAAUAAACACAUUUUUAUUUUCUAGUUCCUACUGCCGUUGAGAACUUAAACAUAGUGAAUCGAACAACCACAUCUGUAUUCCUGAGCUGGCUAACCCCUGAAGGCAACAGAAGCUCAUAUGCGUUAGAAGUUUCAGGCACUCCUUCGAAGAAUCUAAACCUAAGUUCUUUGGACACAUUUGCCCUUGUGGAUGGUCUAGUACCAGGAAAUUUCUAUAUAUUCACAAUCUAUGCCAAAGAUGGAAAUGGUUUAACAGGGAAUACGACUCUGACUUUUUCAUAUACAGGUACUUUUAAAAUGCAUCAGGAUUUAAUUAUUAGGACAAAUAAAAAUACAAUACAUAUUAAUUGCAUAAUUGAUAUUUGAAAAUUAAUUGGUGAUAAAAUCUUUUUAUCCUGGAAAGUUAGAAAUUAAUUUUGGAUUUUAACUUAAGUAAACAGAUAUAUAAUGGUAAACGUGAUUGAGAGACUAAAUAGACAUAGGUUAACUUUAUAGUUUAGAUAAUAUUGUUUUUUAAUGUCAACUGCCUGUACUUAGGUUUUGCUAUUUGAAUAAAUAAAACAAAUUCAGAAAACUUACAUUUGUUCGAACUGAAUUUUUCUAAGUUGUCUUUUAUAUCUUCUGUUGAAUGUUUUGAAGAUAUUUAAUGGGAUAUUAGACCGAUAGAAGAUAAAAUGAAUGUAAACAUUUGAUUUUUGUAUGCUGAUCAUGGUAUCUAAGAUAUUUUAAAUCAUUAAUCAUAUACAACCUAGACGAUAGUCUACUAAUAAAUUAGCAAUAUGAAGUAUGAGAAAGUUUUAGAGUUCAUGUCUUGGAAAAUGAACAUAAUAAAAUCAAAAUGGAAUCAUGCAAAUGUGAGCUUUUUAAUAGUAUCAUUAAGUACUUAUCCAGGAGCUAAAAUGCACAACCUUUGGCAGUAGAGUGUUGCAGUUAGUCAAAUGGUAAAAUAUACUGUAGGUUUUGGUACUGGUCAAGGACAAAAAAAAGUUGUCUGGAACAAAUGUCUAAUUUGCAUUAUCAGUAUAAUAUUGUUGCCUCCUGAGAAAUCAAAAUCUCUGCCUUUAGUCCAAGAAUAGGUUAGCUAUUCCUGUACUGUUCAGUGUGCAUCAUUUUGAAUAAACACAUUUUUAUUUUCUAGUUCCUGCUGCAGUUGAGAACUUAAACAUAGUGAAUAGAACAACCACAUCUGUAUUCCUGAGCUGGCUAACCCCUGAAGGCAACAGAAGCUCAUAUGCGUUAGAAGUUUCAGGCACUCCUUCGAAGAAUCUAAACCUAAGUUCUUUGGACACAUUUGCCCUUGUGGAUGGUCUAGUACCAGGAAAUUUCUAUAUAUUCACAAUCUAUGCCAAAGAUGGAAAUGGUUUAACAGGGAAUACGACUCUGACUUUUUCAUAUGCAGGUACUUUUAAAACGCAUCAGGAUUUAAUUAUUAGGACAAAUAAAAAUACAAUACAUAUUAAUUGCAUAAUUGAUAUUUGAAAAUUAAUUGGUGAUAAAAUCUUUUUAUCCUGGAAAGUUAGAAAUUAAUUUUGGAUUUUAACUUAAGUAAACAGAUAUAUAAUGGUAAACGUGAUUGAGAGACUAAACAGACAUAGGUUAACUUUAUAGUUUAGAUAAUAUUGUUUUUUAAUGUCAACUGUCUGUACUUAGGUUUUGCUAUUUGAAUAAAUAAAACAAAUUCAGAAAACUUACAUUUGUUCGAACUGAAUUUUUCUAAGUUGUCUUUUAUAUCUUCUGUUGAAUGUUUUGAAGAUAUUUAAUGGGAUAUUAGACCGAUAGAAGAUAAAAUGAAUGUAAACAUUUGAUUUUUGUAUGCUGAUCAUGGUAUCUAAGAUAUUUUAAAUCAUUAAUCAUAUACAACCUAGACGAUAGUCUACUAAUAAAUUAGCAAUAUGAAGUAUGAGAAAGUUUUAGAGUUCAUGUCUUGGAAAAUGAACAUAAUAAAAUCAAAAUGGAAUCAUGCAAAUGUGAGAUUUUUAAUAUUAUCAUUAAGUACUUAUCCAGGAGCUAACAUGCACAACCUUUGGCAGUAGAGUGUUGCAGUUAGUCAAAUGGUAAAAUAUACUGUAGGGUUUGGUACUGGUCAAGGACAAAAAAAAGUUGUCUGGAACAAAUGUCUAAUUUGCAUUAUCAGUAUAAUAUUGUUGCCUCCUGAGAAAUCAAAAUCUCUGCCUUUAGUCCAAGAAUAGGUUAGCUAUUCCUGUAAUGUUCAGUGUGCAUCAUUUUGAAUAAACACAUUUUUAUUUUCUAGUUCCUGCUGCAGUUGAGAACUUAAACAUAGUGAAUAGAACAACCACAUCUGUAUUCCUGAGCUGGCUAACCCCUGAAGGCAACAGAAGCUCAUAUGCGUUAGAAGUUUCAGGCACUCCUUCGAAGAAUCUAAACCUAAGUUCUUUGGACACAUUUGCCCUUGUGGAUGGUCUAGUACCAGGAAAUUUCUAUAUAUUCACAAUCUAUGCCAAAGAUGGAAAUGGUUUAACAGGGAAUACGACUCUGACUUUUUCAUAUACAGGUACUUUUAAAACGCAUCAGGAUUUAAUUAUUAGGACAAAUAAAAAUACAAUACAUAUUAAUUGCAUAAUUGAUAUUUGAAAAUUAAUUGGUGAUAAAAUCUUUUUAUCCUGGAAAGUUAGAAAUUAAUUUUGGAUUUUAACUUAAGUAAACAGAUAUAUAAUGGUAAACGUGAUUGAGAGACUAAAUAGACAUAGGUUAACUUUAUAGUUUAGAUAAUAUUGUUUUUUAAUGUCAACUGCCUGUACUUAGGUUUUGCUAUUUGAAUAAAUAAAACAAAUUCAGAAAACUUACAUUUGUUCGAACUGAAUUUUUCUAAGUUGUCUUUUAUAUCUUCUGUUGAAUGUUUUGAAGAUAUUUAAUGGGAUAUUAGACCGAUAGAAGAUAAAAUGAAUGUAAACAUUUGAUUUUUGUAUGCUGAUCAUGGUAUCUAAGAUAUUUUAAAUCAUUAAUCAUAUACAACCUAGACGAUAGUCUACUAAUAAAUUAACAAUAUGAAGUAUGAGAAAGUUUUAGAGUUCACGUAUUGGAAAAUGAACAUAAUAAAAUUAAAAUGGAAUCAUGCAAAUGUGAGCUUUUUAAUAGUAUCAUUAAGUACUUAUCCAGGAGCUAAAAUGCACAACCUUUGGCAGUAGAGUGUUGCAGUUAGUCAAAUGGUAAAAUAUACUGUAGGUUUUGGUACUGGUCAAGGACAAAAAAAAGUUGUCUGGAACAAAUGUCUAAUUUGCAUUAUCAGUAUAAUAUUGUUGCCUCCUGAGAAAUCAAAAUCUCUGCCUUUAGUCCAAGAAUAGGUUAUCUAUUCCUGUACUGUUUAUUGUGCAUCAUUUUGAAUAAACACAUUUUUAUUUUCUAGUUCCUGCUGCAGUUGAGAACUUAAACAUAGUGAAUAGAACAACCACAUCUGUAUUCCUGAGCUGGCUAACCCCUGAAGGCAACAGAAGCUCAUAUGCAUUAGAAGUUUCAGGCAUUCCUUCGAAGAAUCUAAACCUAAGUUCUUUGGACACAUUUGCCCUUGUGGAUGGUCUAGUACCAGGAAAUUUCUAUGUAUUCACAUUCUAUGCCAAAGAUGGAAAUGGUUUAACAGGGAAUACGACUCUAACUUUUUCAUAUACAGGUACUUUUAAAAAGCAUCAGGAUUUAAUUAUCAGGACAAAUAAAAAUAGAAUACAUAUUAAUUGCAUAAUUGAUAUUUGAAAAUUAAUUGGUGAUAAAAACUUUUUAUCCUGGAAAGUUAGAAAUUAAUUUUGGAUUUUAACUUAAGUAAACAGAUGUAUAAUGGUAAACGUGAUUGAGAGACUAAAUAGACAUAGGUUAACUUUAUAGUUUAGAUAAUAUUGUUUUUUAAUGUCAACUGCCUGUACUUAGGUUUUGCUAUUUGAAUAAAUAAAACAAAUUCAGAAAACUUACAUUUGUUCGAACUUAAUUUUUCUAAGUUGUCUUUUAUAUCUUCUGUUGAAUGUUUUGAAGAUAUUUAAUGGGAUAUUAGACUGAUAGUAGAUAAAAUGAAUGUAAACAUUUGAUUUUUGUAUGCUGAUCAUGGUAUCUAAGAUAUUUUAAAUCAUUAAUCAUAUACAACCUAGAAGAUUGUCUACUAAUAAAUUAACAAUAUGAAGUAUGAGAAAGUUUUAGAGUUCACGUAUUGGAAAAUGAACAUAAUAAAAUUAAAAUGGAAUCAUUCAAAUGUGAGAUUUUUAAUAGUAUCAUUAAGUACUUAUCCAGGAGCUAAAAGGCACAACCUUUGGCAGUAGAGUGUUGCAGUUAGUCAAAUGGCAAAAUAUACUGUAGGUUUUGGUACUGGUCAUGGACAACAAAAAGUUGUCUGGAACAAAUGUCUACUUUGCAUUAUCAGUAUAAUAUUGUUGCCUCCUGAGAAAUCUAAAUCUCUGCCUUUAGUCCAAGAAUAGGUUAGCUAUUCCUGUAAUGUUCAGUGUGCAUCAUUUUAAAUAAACACAUUUUUAUUUUCUAGUUCCUGCUGCAGUUGAGAACUUAAACAUAGUGAAUAGAACAACCACAUCUGUAUUCCUGAGCUGGCUAACCCCUGAAGGCAACAGAAGCUCAUAUGCGUUAGAAGUUUCAGGCACUCCUUCGAAGAAUCUAAACCUAAGUUCUUUGGACACAUUUGCCCUUGUGGAUGGUCUAGUACCAGGAAAUUUCUAUAUAUUCAGAAUCUAUGCCAAAGAUGAAAAUGGUUUAACUGGGAAUACAACUCAGACUUUUUCAUAUACAGGUAAUUUUAAAAAGCAUCAGGAUUUAAUUAUCAGGAAAAAUAAAAAUAGAAUACAUGGUAAUUGCAAAAUGGAUAUUUGACAAUUAAUUGUCAAGAAAAACUUUUUAUCAUGAAAAGUUAGAAAUUAAUUUUGGAUUUUAGCUUAAUGAAAGAGAUAUAUAAUCCUAAACAUGAUUGAGAGACUUAACAGACGUAGGUUAACUUCAUAGUUUAUAUAAUAUUGUAUUUUAAUGUCAACUGCCUGUAUUUUCAUAAAAUAAAAAAAUAUAUGCAGAAAACCUAGAUAUCUUCAAACUGAAUUUUUCUAAGUUGUCUUUUAAAUCUUCUGUUGAAUGUUUUGAAGAUAUUUAAUUGGAUAUCUGACUGAUAGAAGAUAAAAUGAAUGUAAACAUUUGAUUUAUGAAUGCUGAUAAUGUGAUCUAAGAUAUUUUAAGUCAUUAAUCAUAUACAACCUCGAAGAUAGUCUACUAAUACAUGAGCAAUUUUAAGUUUGAGAAAGUUUUAGAGUUCAUGUAAUGGAAAAUUAACCUAAUAAAAUUAAAAUAAAAUGAUGCAAAAUAUUUUUUUUUUUUUAUUAUAUCAUUAAGUACUUUUCUAGGAGCCAAAUUGCACAUCCCUUUGGCAGUAGAGUGUUGUAGUUAGUCAAAUGUAAAAAGAUUCUGUAGGUUUUGGUACUGGUCAUGGACAAAAAAGUUAUCUGGAACAUAUUUCUAAUUUGUAUUAUCAAUAUAAUAUUGUUGCCGCAUGAGAAAGAAAAAUAACUGCUUUAAGUCCAAGAACUGGUUAACUAUUCCUGUACUGUUCCAUUUGUGUUCUCUCCUGCUGUGUUCUUCUUCCGACCCCCCUCUCCUCUGAUGCCCUUCUUUUUCCCCUCCCCUAUUUUGCCCUCUUUAGCCCCCCUGCCCACCUGUGACCUCUUUAGAUCCCUCUUUGACUUAUUUAGCCCCCUUGUCUCAUGUGAUUUCAUAAGCCCCAGUCCUGUGUACUUUUUACCCACGGUCCCUCUUGUGCCUUCUUUCGCCCUCCCUACUGUGCCCUUCUUUUGUUCCCUCCUAUCCCUUUAUUAGACCCCUCCCUCCUGUGCCCUCUUUUGCCCCUCUGUCCUUUUGUGCCCUCUUUUGCCCUCCUCCCUACUUGCGCACUCUUUUCCCCCUUCACUUUCUGUGCCUUUAUUUAGCACCCCUCCUGUGCAUUUGUUUUGCCCCCCUUCGCUUGUGUACUUUUAUUUAGUCUCCCUCACCUUCUGUGCACUUCCCUCCACUCUUUAGCCCCCUGCCCUUUAGUCUUUAGGUCUUCUCCCCUGUGACUGCUCAUUCCGCGUCAGAGGAGCCUCUGCUUCCUAUACCCGGUGUUACAGGAAACAGUUAUCAGACUGGUAAUGGAACAGAGGUAGUCUUCCUGCUCAAUCACGCUACAUUUUGUGACGGGCAGGAGGGGAGCGCUGUGCAGUGCACUCCCAUCCUGCCGAUCACCUGGUGAUCAUAACUUUUGAGUAGCCCCCUAAUGAGUGGCACCCAGGGCGGACAGCUCCCAUGCACCCCCUCUUAGUACACCACUGCAGCCAUGUAUACAUCUUUCUUUCCCCUCUCUUCCAUAGAUGCAUUAUUUCAUUUUUCACCAUGCUAGCACACUUAUGUUGAUAUAUGUGUCUGUCUAGGCUUCCUAUAAGUGAUUUUUGGGAAUUACUGCACUUUUUGCUAGUGAGGAUUUUGAAUAUCUACACAGUGGAUGAAACAGUGUCCUCUAUAGGUGCAUAAUAUAUACUGCAAUACUUGGGAUAAAAUCUAGGACUUCAUCUCUUCUAAUUUAGUUUAUAAGAGACAAAUUGGGAACUUCUUAAAUUUUUUUGUAUAAUUGAGAACAUUUUAUAUAUGAACAGCAGAGGGAGUGAGGUUAGGGAAAUAUUGUAAGGGGAAGAAGAAAGAUGAGAGAUCUCUUCCCUGAUUGUAGAGAUCCUGUCAAUAAAGUGAGUUGCAAAGUCUUAGGGGGUCAAGUUAAUAGGUGGAGGAGGAACAAUAGGGCGAAGAAGAGAGGUAAAUGUGAAAUAGUCAUUUGGGUUCGCAGGAGAGUGUGGUUAUAAUGGUAUUGAAGUUAUUUACUUUUGCAAAGGAAAGAGCCAAGCUGUUUGAGCGCAGCAUAAAUUUAUAGUGGAGAAAGUGAGAUGCACAGUGAGUGGAGCAUUUUUGGAAGUAUCGAGUCAGCUUGGUGUGCCAAGGUUGUUGUGGGGGACACUUGCUGCAUUUAAAUAUAGGAGGUGCCACGAUGUCUAGUUGAGAGGAGAGGGUGAAUUUGUAGAAGGAUGUUCCAGAGCUAGGACAGGUGAGGUUUGAGAUAGGUAAAAGGAGAGUUUGGAGAUUAGUGGAGAAAUGCUCUAGGUCAAGACAUUAGAGGUUUGUGUGAGAUUGUUCAGACGGUGAUGUCAAUUGGGUCUUAGGUAUGCCAAUGUCAAAAGUCAGUAGAUGGUGGUCAGAUAGAGGAAAAGGAAUAUUGGAGAGAUUAGAGGCGGUACAGAGAUUGGUUAAGGAGAGAUCAAUGGGUUGCUAAAUUGGACCAUUGCAUAAGGCCAAAGGAGGAGAUUACAGAGAGCAGACGAGAGGCAUCAGUGCAGUUGGGGUUGUUGAUUGGGAUAUUGAAAUCAAAAAGUAUAAGGGAAGGAGUGAUAGAUGAGAGGAAGUGGGGAAGCCAGGAAGAAAAGUGCUCAAUGAAUAGCCUUGGAUGACCGGGUGUGUGGUAGAUGAUAGCAAUUCUUAAAGGAGUGGGUUUAAAUGGGCGGACAGUGUGAACUUAAAAAAAAAAAAAAAAGGUAGGGCAGGGGCAUUUAUGAUUGGUUAAAAGGUAGGAUUCCUACACCACCUCCUUUACAGUUGAGUCUGGGAGUGUGAAAGAAUUGUAGCCCAUCAAAACAUAAAGAGGCAGGAGUAGUGCUAUCAGAGGGGGACAGCCAGUUCUCUGUAAGUCAUUAGUCUAAUACUAUCAUUACUUUUUGUGUCACUUUACCUCACUCCCUCUAGCAUGUAAGUUAAUUGAGCAGGGCCCUCAACCCUACUAUUCCUGUUUGCCCACUUGUCUGGUUACAACUACAUGUUUGUUUGUCCACCCACUGUAAAGUGCUGUGCUAUAUAAAUAAUAACAUGCUAAUAACAUAAUAAUUCCCAAUUGAAACUGAUUCAUGAUUAAUUUUAUUUGCACUAAUGAAAGUUAUGUUUUAAUUCAACCCAGUUAUUCUUAUUUCUAUUUAGUAGUCUAGUGGUGAACAUUUAUACUAUUAGGACUCCCCUCUAAGCUUUUGUAGUAGGAUGCAAACAUUUUAAAAUGUGAAAAGAUAGUAAAGGGUAAUUGCAUAAUAGAAAUUUGACAAGAAUUAAGUGGUAAGCGAAACGUUUUAGAUAAAAAGAAAAGCAACAAAUUCAGGAUAACUUUUUAACUCCUUAAUUUCCAAAUGUGUGUAUACAUAUUUACAUUUAGUUUCCAAUUUAAAAUGUAGUCCAUAAAGGCUCAUUCUCCAUCUUUUAUUAUCUUGGAGUAAUUGCCAGGCUGCAAAGGGACAAAUUUCUCUGCCAGGAACACAUUCCAAUCAUUUAAUGUCUGCAACAUUGUUGAAAACAUCAGCUAUACUCACCCAAAAAUAAUAAAAGUUGUAAUUAGUAAUACUAGUACUACAGUACAGGAGGAGGGGUGAAUAAGCUCUAACAUUUUAUUUUUAUCAUUCUAUUAGCAUUCCAUUAGUUGCUAAAAUUAGUUAUUAAGGAAAAAUUUAAGGAAAAAUUCCAAGCACCAUAAUCACUAUUGCUUGCUAUAGUGAUUAUGGUGCCAUGAGUGACCUGAUGCCCUCCCACAGUAUUUUCUCAAGCCAUCUAAGAAUGGUUUUACAGCAUUUAGCAUGGCUGAUUUCUUCUAGGGAACCCACAAGAUUAUCCCCACUGGCCUAAAAGCUCCUCCCCUAGUUAGGCCCAGCGUGGAGCUGUUCUCAGUCAAUGAGUGCAGCCUUGCACCGCUGGGCUUAGCUCAGUGGAGCUAAUUGAAAUCUCUUUUGGGAGAUUCUGGAAUGAGAGGUGGCACUGUUUUUUUCUAACUAUAUAUAGGAGUCUCCUAGCAGAGUAAUGGUUUACUUUGCUUACUGAUUAGUAUUCCCUCCAUUGAUGUCUAUGGGAAAGUUGAUAUUUUGUAAGCUAAGAAUUUGAUGUCUUCCUGACAUGGGAUUGGAACACUGAUAAUUGAACUUGAAAUGUGAAUCACAGUAGUAAAGAAGGCAUCACUUGGAAACUUGAUGUUAGAUACUGAUUUCUGACUAAACAUUUUAUAUAGUACUUAUAAGAUAUUUUAAGAUGUUUCUCAAGAUGUUUUGGGAGUUAGAUUAAACAAGCAAAAUGAAAUAUAUAGCUAACCUUGUAUUUAUUUUUUUAUUUCUCAUUUUCAGUGCCCGAAAGUGUGACAAAUAUUACUGUUAGCAAUAUCACCCUUAACUCUGCAGUCUUGAGUUGGAUGGCACCUAGAGGGAAUAUAAGUUCAUAUUUGAUUUCAGUCCAGAGCAGUUCUAUAAAUAUUACCAGUAUUACUCGUGAGGAAUUGAUCUUUGUUGGAAACUUGACUGCAGGAAUGCAGUACACAUUUAUAGUGUGUGCAAGGUCUGGAGGAAACACCCUGCAAGGUCAAUGUACCAGUAUAUCUGCAUCUACUCGUAAGUAUUGGGGCCUUGGAAGAAAGAAAACUGUUGUGGAACAAUAAUCCUUAUGUAAACAAAUUCUCUUGAAUGAAGAGAAUAGUAGUAGAUGUAGGUGAUGUCCUAUGCACAAAGGGAGGUUUGUUAAUGUAACAGAAAUUGAAACUAAUAUGGAUUCUGAAGUGAUAUGUGUAAUACAUGUUUGUGAGCUAUUUAUUUAUUUAUUAUUUAUUUAUAAAAUAUUUUACAUUGAGAUUUCUCUCAUUUUCAAGUAUGUCCUGGGUCCACAAAUCAUUGCAUUGUUACAUUAGGGUACAAUAAAAUACAAAACAAUAUUAAUACACAAUAAAUAAAAAAUUUAACAUAGAACAGGUAGGAAAUAUAUAAUCAACAAUGACAGGUGCAUUCUGUUUUGAGGUAUGUAAAAGGUAUCUUAAAGGACUUUAGGCUUAGGGAAGAUUUUAAAUUAUGCGGGAGGUCGUUCCACAAUUGUGGUGCUCUGUAAGAGAAGGAGGAUCGGGCUGCUUUCUUUUUGUAUUGAGGUAGACUAAGUAAAGUGUUGGUACUGGAUCGGAGCUUAUAAGAAGUGGGAACAGCUGGGGAAAGCAUUUUGUUCAGGUAGGGUGGGAGUUUCCCGGAAAAGCUCUUAAACACAAGGCUGGAAAGAUGAAGGGUGCGUCUGGAUUCCAGCGACAGCCAGUUUAGUUCUUUAGUUAGCACAAAUCGGCAGAACGAAUUAUACAAUGUAUUGAGUUUAUUAAUGUGGGAUUGCGGUGCAGAUGCAUAUACUACAUCCCCAUAAUCAAUGAUUGGCAUAGGCAUGUGUAGUAUUUGUGUGAUGUAUGUGCAUAUGCCUGUGAUGCAUGUAUUGCAUGUGUGAUGCAUGUGUAUUUUAUGUGUGUAUUGUGUAAUAUUUAUGCUACAGUUAUGCAUAAUGUGUGCAAUAUAUAUAUAUUUAUAUAUCAUAUGUUUGAUUUGUUUAAUAAGUGUAUGUCAAGAAGUGCAUUAUUCAAGUCACUGUAGUCUGUCGUGUUUGUGUAAUGUUUCGUGAAGCAUGCUAAGCAUGUACUAUUUGCAUAAUGCAUAGUUAUGUGUGGGUAUGUGUAUAUGAUAUAUUUUAUGCCUGUUAUGUGCAAUGUGUUGAGAUGUAUUCGCACCUUGAAAACUCAAGGAAUUACAGUAACUCCACACACUACUCUGAUGUCACUGGGCAUUAGGAAAAUUAGUAACUUCUGACUACCUGGUACUCAGCCCAUUGGAAGAGUUAAAAGGAAAAUAUAGUGUCAGCACCUUCUGGUGAAGAGAGAUUUCAUGGCUACAGAGAUAAUUUUCCACACACAUGUUCAAGCUCUGAGGUAGUUCAUAUUGAAGCUAUGAACGUGUUUGUUUUAUUGACAAAAGAAUUACAAGAAGACCAAUUUCACCUGCAUUAUGUUUAGCAUCCUGCAGGGUACAGAGUUGGUUGGAUGGGAUUUUAUUCCUCCAUAGAAAAGGCCUCCUUCCCUGAUUACUGCAGAUGAAUGUUAGACUUGUGCAUUUGAAUUUGGCUGAUUUGCCAUUUGAACAAAUUUGGGCCAAUCAGCUGUUUUGUCAAAUUCAAUAUCUCAGAAGUGCUGUAUAACUGAGAAAGUUUCUAACGCAAUGGCUGACCAUGUUCGUUUGAUUAUGUUUUCCCCCGUGGUGCUAUACUACCCCCUUCUCUCAUCUCAUGUCUUGCAAUCAUUUUUCUACUCUCCCUCCUACCCACAAUCGAUCUCAUCCUAGACCCCACACAUACAAAACCCAUUCACACCUCCUGUCACUUUGUCUCCUCCUGCUUCAAGCAGCUGGUGAUGUCUCUCCCAAUCCAGGGCCCUUCACCUUCUCUACACACACUAAGAAAACCAGAAACCCCACAAACCUCAACACAAUACCCUGCCCUUUACCCUCACUUGCCAACAUUCAGUGUGCACUUUGGAGUGCCCGCUCCAUCUGCAGUAAUUUAAAAACAGCCAUACAUUACUUUUUCAUCUCAAACUCACUCACUCUACUUGCACUUACAGAAACCUGGCUGUCCCCCUCUGAUAGCGCUACUCCUGCCUCUUUAUGUUUUGGUGGGCUACAAUUCUCUCACACUCCCAGACCCCACUGUAAAGGAGGUGGUGUAGGCAUCCUUAUUUCUCCUCAAUUUACCUUUCAACCAAUCAUAACUCCCCCAGUCCUAUCCUUUUCUUCUUUUGAAGUUCACACUGCCUGCCUAGUUAAACCCACUCCUUUAAGAAUUGUUAUCAUCCACCGCCCCCCUGAUUAUCCUAGACUAUUCAUUGAGCACUUUUCUUCCUGGCUUCCCCGCUUUCUCUCAUCUAGCACUCCUUCCCUUAUACUUGGGGAUUUCAAUAUCCCAAUCAACAACCCCAAAUGCACUGAUGCCUCUUGUCUGCUCUCUGUAACCUCCUCUUUUGGUCUUACGCAAUGGUCCAAUUUAGCAACCCAUACAGUGGGAAACACUCUUUAUCUCGCCUUCACCAAUCUCUGUACCACCUCUAAUCUAUCCAAUAUUCCUUUUCCUCUAUCUGACCGCCAUCUGCUGACUUUUGACAUUGGCAUACCUAAGACCCAAUUGACACCACCAUCUGAAUAUCAAUCUCACAGAAACCUCCAAUGUCUUGACUUAGAGCAUUUCUCCACUAAUCUCCAAAAUCUUCUUUUACCUAUCUCAAACCUCACCUGUCCUAGCUCUGCAACCUCUCCUCUCAACUAGAAACCAUGGCACCUCCUACAUUUAAAUGCAGCAAGCACCCCCAACAACAACCUUGGCACACCAAGAUGACUCGAGCCAUGAUUCCCUUUUAUUCCAGAAGUUUGGUCCUUAAGGGGUUAAACUCAACUUGACCAAAACUGAAAUUCUGGUCUUUACUCCCUCAAGUGUUGCUACUCCUGUGUCUGUCUCCCUCCAAGUGAAAGAUGCUACCAUCAGCUUUACCACUCAGACUCGCUGCCUAGGUUUUCUCUUUGACUCUGACCUCUUCUUCACGCCUCAUGUUCAGUCUAUCACCAAAUCCUGUUGCUUCCAUCUCAAAAACAUUGCACGCAUCCGACCCUACUUAACGCCAGGUGCAACUAAGGUGCUGGUCCGUUCCACUGUCCUUUCUUGCCUUGCCUACUGUAAUCCGCUUCUCAUUGGUCUUACGUGCUCCCAACUUGCGCCGUUACAGGCCAUAAUGAAUGCGGCGGCAAGGCUCAUCUUCCUGUCAGUCUGCACCUCCCAAGCCUCACCCUUCUGUCAGUCCCUACAUUGGCUUCCUGCAAGAUAUAGGGCUCAAUUUAAAAUUCUGGUUCUUGCUUUCAAAUCUCUACAUAUAUACAUAUCAUGUCUACGCCCUUACGCUCUGCUGAAGACUUACAUCUAUCUUCUGUCCAUACUCCCACCUCUGAAGCUCGCCUUCAAGACUUCUCGAGGGCUGCACCGUUGCUGUGGAACUCACUUCCCUCCUCCGCUAAAUGCUCACCCAGUCUCCACUCCUUCAAAAAAUCAUUAAAAACCCACUUUUUCAUAAAAGCAUAUCAAUUAAACUGUUAAUAGCUCCCGACUGAUUCCUCUCUUGCAACUGUCAUUAGUCUAAUACUAUCCUUGCCUUUUGUGUCAUUUUACCCCACUCCCUCUAGCAUGUAAGCUCAUUGAGCAGGGCCCUGAACCCCUAUGUUCCUGUGUGUCCAACUUGUCUGGUUACAACUACGUCUGUUCAUCCACCCACUGUAAAGGGCUGCGGAAUUUGUUGGCGCUAUAUAAAUAAUAACAUAAUACUAACAUAAUAAUAUCACAGGAACAACCUCGCCAACUAAUUUUAACUUAGGCCUCAAUUUAAUAUUGUUGAAUAAGCUUUCCAAAUUAUUUAAUAUUUUCCAAAAAACUUUUAAAAUUAUUUCAUUUUGUGAAACCUAUUUUAACUUUGUAAUAUCUUUAUAUUUUUUAUAUAUUAAGAUGUUUUUUUACAUAUUUAUAUAUUUUGAUAUGUUGAAGAAAUACAUUUUAUUCUAAAAUAUUAAAUCAUUUGGAAAGUGUAUCUAACAAUAUUAAAUCAAGGCCGUGGGACUCUAAACCAAAAUGUGCACGUCAACACCAAAAAUUAAAUCAACAUGCUGAUUGUUUGCUGGAAAAAAAUCUUAUUCCAGUUAGUUUAAAUCAUUGUUUUUUUUUUUUUCCUGCAGAUAAAAGCAGCCUCACUCUCUCCCUCGUUUAUCUUUCAAAUGCAGAAAAAAGACAGCAAAUCAUAAUGAACAUGGUAA